UGCUUGCAGUUCUCCUUUACUCACCCCACUUCAACCCAGCUGAGCACAACCAGGGGAGCAAGUGUUUGGUACACAAACAGGGACUCUAUGAUUAAGCACCGGGCACAGAAAGCCCGCCCUGGGCAGCACAGGCACUGUGAGAGAUGUUUCAACAGGCACUGCCACGCACCCAUUGAGCCAUCCGUCUCCUGCAUGGUGAUCAGCUGCCGCUUCCACUGCGGGGCCACCUUCCACAUGUGCAAGGAGGAGGAGCACCAGUUGCUAUGUCCCUUAGAGCAGGUCUCCUGCCUCAACUCAGCUUAUGGCUGCCCUUUCUCCAUGGCCCGCUUCAAGCUGGCGAAACACCUCCAGGUCUGUCCAGCCAGCGUUGUCUGCUGUUCAAUGGAGUGGAACCGCUGGCCGAACGUGGAUUCAGACACAACCCUGCACAAGAACAUCAUGAAGGAGACCUUGAACGAAGAGUGUCUGGACACAGCCUUGGCACUCAGAGACCAGAAGAUACUUUUCAGGACUUUGAAAGUAGCUGAAUUGUUUCCAGAGUGGAGGAAGAAGGAUGAAGUGGAAGAGCUAAUGGACGAAGCCAUGGGUGGGGUGGAAGGGGCUGUGGGAGGAGUAGCCUGUGGCUCCCAAGAGGGCAACAACCAGCUGCCUGAGCUCAGCCAAAGUGAGCGCGAAGAAUUGGCAAAGGACAAAGAAGGAAUGGAUCUGGGGAGCUACAAAACCUGGGAGAACAUCUUCAAAAAAGACCUCCUGGCUUGCCAGGUAACAGGCUCAGCAGCUAGCACAGGAAAAAAGACAGAGGGUGCUAAAACAACACCAGCUUCCAGCUCCUCAGAGACAGCAAAGGAAGUUCCUGAUGGUGCAGAGCAACCAAAGGACCAAAAGUCUGGACAAGUAGCAUCAGUAACACCAAAUACAGAAAUGACAGGACUGGCUCCCUGGCAAGAAGGAGUACUGGAGAGGCUGAAGAAGGAAGUUGGUGUAGGUGAUUACAACAUGUACCUGCUACAUCAUGGGGGAAUGCUCAUCCGCUUUGGCCAGCUAGCUGCUUGCACUCCCAGAGAAAAAGAUUUUGUCUAUGGGAACUUGGAAGCUCAGGAGGUGAAGACUGUCUACACCUUCAAAGUGCCAGUUAGUUACUGUGGCAAAAGAGCACGACUGGGCGAUGCACUGGGCCACAAGAUGCCAACUUCAGACAAAUCAGUGGAUACCUCAGAACUGGGAAUAAACCUAGAAGAGCUACCUAAUGCAAAUAUAGUUGAAUCCACACUGCUGUGUGCACUGGAAAAAGAGCUGAAAGGCCAUGAGAUCUCUGAAUCAAGGGGUAUCGAUGGACUCUUUGUGGAUUUUGCAACACAGACAUACAGCUUUCCAAUGGAGCCGUUCUCCUCCAAUGCUGUUCUAGCAGAUAUUCUGGAUGAAAAAAGCCCACCUGAACUUCAUGUGGAGCUCUUCACUGAAUGUGUAACCAGAAGACACAACAAAAGCAGUUCAGCUUUCACAUUCACUUGCAGCCAUUUCUUCAGGAGGGAUGAAUUCCCAUCCCAUUUCAAGAAUGUGCAUGCUGAUAUCCAGUCAUGUCUGGAUGGAUGGUUCCAGCAUCGCUGCCCACUAGCCUACUUGGGAUGUACUUUUGUUCAAAAUCACUUCCGCCCUGAGGGGCUUAAGGCCAAGGUUAUAUACAGCAAGCCUCUCCAGACAUUUGCUAUUAAGCCAGAGGUGGACACCCUUCUUGCUGAAUCUGGGAAGGGCAAUUCCACAGUGUCUCAUCGAGGGAGAAAUAAGGACUCGCUGAGCAGCCUUCCAGUGGAAGUGCUCAAGUACAUUGCAGGGUUCCUGGACAGCUUCAGUUUAUCUCAGCUAUCACAAGUGUCAGCGCUGAUGAGAGACAUCUGUGCCACUCUUCUUCAAGAGAGGGGAAUGGUCCUCUUGGUCUGGGAGAAAAAAAGAUAUUCCCAUGGCGGUACUUCUUGGAAGGCUCGCAAAAAGAUCUGGCGGUUCAGCAGCCUGUUCUCCACAGUUAACAAAUGGCAGCACAACGAUGUCACAUGCAUGUCAGAGCACCUGAAGAAUUGUCCCUUUUACCAGGUGGAGCACAAGACAGACCCCGUGCUGCUGACAGGCAUGUGUGAAUCCCGAGAGCAGACUCGAAAGACUUUGGUUUCUACUUUCAAGAACAGAGUCUGAACAACCUGCUUCUCUUCCACCAUGCUCCUUUCAGAGCCCUUGAAAUGAAGAUUUGGGAAUCUGGGUGUAAAGACUUGCUUCCAGCUCUCCUUUGGAUGUACAAAACUGGCUUCUACCCAGCUGCUUUUGAAAUCUCCUGGAUGUUUUAUUUUUCUUUCCCUGACUAAUUUCAUUGUUAAAACUUCAUGCACUGCUCACCAACAUCA